AUGUGAAUUGAACAGCUUACUAAGCGAUUCGAUUCAGUAGAGAAAAAAAUAGUGAGUCACAGCGUGUGGGAGGUGGUCCUCAUCGUCCUCAUCACCGGCCCUCUCUCCCUCAUCACCAUCCUGGGCAACCUGCUGGUGGUCAUCUCCUUCCGGGUCAACGCCCAGCUGCGCACCACCAACAACUACUACCUGCUCAGCCUGGCGGUGGCGGACCUGAUCCUGGGCAUGGUGUCCAUGAACCUCUACACGGCGGUCAUCAUCACGGGCCGCUGGACGCUGGGUCACGUGGCGUGCGACAUCUGGCUGGCGGUGGAUUACGUGUCCAGCAACGCCUCGGUCAUGAACCUGCUGGUCAUCAGCUUCGACCGGUACCUCUCCGUCACGCGGCCCCUGACCUACCGGGCCAAAAGGACGCCGAAGCGAGCCGGGCUGCUGAUCGCUCUGGCGUGGAGCGUCUCGUUCAUCCUCUGGGGCCCGGCCAUCUUGUUCUGGCCCUACGUGGUCGGUCGUCCGCCCGGGGACGAACAGGUCUGCUCCAUACCUUUCCUGAAGGUGCCGCUGCUCACGUUCGGGACCGCCAUCGCCGCGUUCUACCUGCCCGUCUGCAUCAUGGUCAUCCUGUACUGGAGGAUUUACUGGGAGAUCGAGAACCGGUCCAAGGGGCUCUCCAUGCUGCUGGGACAGAAUGGUGGAGGGGGGACCCCCGUCAGUUCAGAGGUGCAGUCAGUGUACCCCGACAGCGCCCAGAGCAGCUUGAGGGGCCACAGGGGGCCCCAGAAACCUCCAAGGACGAGGAAGAGCCAGAAGAGGCAGGUGGGCUGCUUCCCAAAGACUGUGAGAGCCCAGCAACUCAGCACGGGGAAAAAGGUGGCGGCCAUUUUGGAGCUGGCGUCCCAGAGGUGCGAGGGCAGUUUCCAGGAAGGGUACAGCCGCAACAGCUGGAGCGGCGACAACGAGGAGGAGGAGGAGGAGGAGGAAGAUGACGCCGUCGGGUCGACGUCUACCGAAGAGGAACUGGAGCAGGAGAUCAAAGGAUCGAACACCACAACCACCAUCAAGCUGAAGCAUGUACACGAAGCGUCAGAUGGCAAUCGGGACAUUAAGAUUUCACCACGAGCGUCUGCGGUGGGGCCGUCCACCACAGCUGGACGGUCAAACGUGCGUUCCUCCCUCAACGGGCCCAAACACAAGGACCCAGGGCCUUUGAAGCAACAGAAGGGGAAACGGCGACGCAACAUGAUCAUUAAGGAGAAGAAGGCCGCGCGGACGCUAAGUGCUAUCCUGCUGGCGUUCAUUCUGACCUGGACGCCGUACAACGUGAUGGUGCUGGCCUCCUUAUCGUACUGUGUGCCAGACAAGCUGUGGCAGCUGGGCUACUGGCUGUGCUACGUCAACAGCACGGUGAACCCCAUGUGCUACGCCCUUUGCAACAAGUCCUUCCGCAGAACCUUCAAGUCACUGCUGCUCUGCCGUCAGAACGACCGCAAGACCUGGGACGCCAGUCGACGCAGUCACCACAUGUCUGCCAGGAUGCAGUCUUGCAGUACUGUAUGA